CACAAGUCCUAAUUCACUCAUCAACCCUCUAAGCCACAAUACUUCCGUUAAACCGUUCCUAAUGCCCCUGAACUCAGCUUCAGCACUUGAUAAUGCCACAUCCUUUUGUUUCUUACUUUUCCACGUGACAAGGUUUCCCCCUACAAAGGUAAAGUACCCUGAGGUUGAUCUUCUAUCCAUCGGGUUUCCAGCCCAGUCAGCGUCUGUGUAUCCAUGAACUUCAAAGUGUCCAUUUUUCUUGAACAUUAUUCCAUGAUCAAAAGUCCUCUUCAAAUAUCUGACAAUUCUUAAUGCCGCUUCAAGGUGAUCAUUUUGCGGGCGAUGCGUAAACUGACUAACCACACUAACUGCAUAAGCUAUGUCGGGUCUGGUGUGAGAUAGGUAAAUCAACUUACCUACUAGUCCGUUUAUGAACUAAUUUCACAAUACCUCUAAUAUUUUUUGUUAUCUGUUUUUCUUUGAGACAGAGAAGGUAUUAGUAAUAUUAAUUUAAACAGGAAGCUGAAUGGUGAUGAGUAAGAAAGGAGAAGUGGUGUGUGUGACCGGAGCCAGCGGCUUCAUUGGCUCAUGGCUCGUCCACCUUCUCCUCGCCCGCGGCUACGUUGUCCGCGCCACCGUCAAAGAUCUAGGAGACGAGAGAGAAACGAAGCACUUGGAAGCCAUGGAGGGAGCUGAAUCACGCCUUCGCCUCUUCCAGAUUGAUCUGCUUGAUUACGACUCCAUUUUUGCCGCAGUCAACAGCUCCACUGGCGUCUUCCACCUCGCUUCCCCUUGUAUCGUCCAUCAAAUCCAAGAUGUUCAGGGGGAGCUGCUGGACCCAGCAAUUAAGGGGACCAUAAAUGUACUAAAAGCAGCAAAGAAUGCGGGCGUUGGGCGCGUGGUUGUGACAUCUUCUAUAUCUGCCAUGAUCCCAACUGCCAAUCAUCUGGGAGACGCCGGUGAAGGCUGCUGGAUUGAUGAGGAUUACUGCCGCCAAAAACGGGGUAACUCAGCAUUUAUGUACUCUGUGUCUAAAGCGGCCGCUGAGAAAGCUGCAUGGCGAUUGGCGGAGGAAGAUGGCGUAGACGUAGUGGUGCUGAAUCCAGGAGUGGUGGUUGGCCCUAUACUCCCCCCACUCUUAAACACUAGCAUGACACUCAUCCUUGACAUACUUCAGGGCAAAGAAUUUCCAGAACACCUGUUUAUGGCAUUAGUACAUGUGAAAGAUGUUGCUCUUGCUCACCUAGUCUUGUAUGAGAACACAUCUGCUGCUGGAAGGCAUCUCUGUGUCGAAUCUUUGUCUCGUUAUGACCGCUUUGCCCAACAUAUGGAGAGGCUAUACCCUCAAUACAAGCUGCCCAGGUUUCAUGGGAAAAAUGGACCACUCAAGUCCAAUGCUGCAUCCAAGAAGCUCAUAGAUCUGGGCUUCCAAUUUACUCCCAUGGACCAGAUUGUUAAGGAUUCUAUUCAAACUUUGAGGACCAAAGGAUUUCUUUCUUGAAAAAACUAAUUACUUGUGGGCUUUCCUUUUGAUUCAUACUUGUGCCAACACAACAACUAUGUGCCUGUUGAUGUAAAUUUAAUCACAUUGGGCUGCUGUGCUAAUAAAUUGGAGUAUUUGAUCUCUA